UGGCCCUGGCUGUGCUGCUGCCCGGCUGCUUGGUGCAGGGCCUGAGUUAUCUGUGGUUCCGAGCAGAUGGACAUCAAGGUCAUUGCUUGCUGGUCCUGCUGCAUGGCCUACAGCUUGGCGUGUGGAAGCGGCAUUGGGACGCCGCAUGCACUGUUCUGUCGAAGGAGUGGAAGGCCUCCCACCGGGGCCAGCUGCUGCUGCAGGAGGCCGACCUGUCAGCCCUCCGCCUCCUAGAAGCCCUGCUUCAGGCUGGGCCCCACCUGCUGCUUCAAACGUAUGUUUUUCUCGCCUCGGAUUUCACUGAUGUUGUGCCAGGGGUGAGCGCCCUGUGCUCCUGGUCCGCGCUGUCCUGGGCCCUGGUGUGCUAUGCUCGUUCCAUGGACUCCAUGAAGCCAGGUCGCCUCUCCAUGCCGUGGGCUGCCCUCCUCUGCCAGCAACUCUGGAGGAUGGGCAUGUUGGCAGCCCGCGUCCUCAGUCUGGUUCUGUUCUUCAAAACUUACCACAUCUGGGUUUUAGUUGUUGGAGGUGCUCACUGGCUGGUGAUGACCUUCUGGCUGGUGGCACAACAGAGUGACAUCAUCGACAGCACCUGCCACUGGAGGCUGUUCAACCUGCUCGUGGGAGCCGUGUACGUCUUCUGCUACCUCAACUUCUGGGACAGCCCUUCCAGAAAUAGGAUGGCCACGUUCUACACGAUAAUGCUGCUGGAGACCGUCAUCCUUUUGCUAUUGGCCACUGACUUUCUCCAGGGGGCCUCGUGGACCAGCCUGUGGACCACAGCAGGAGUCUUGUCUGGAUUUCUGAUUGGCAGUGUCUCGCUGGUAAUUUACUACAGCCUGCUACAUCCUAAAUCCACAGACAUCUGUCAGGGCUUUGUAAGGGAGUCCUGUGACACCUCAGGGGGUGAUAAAGCAGAGAGAGCAUCUUCUCCAUGGGCCACGGCUCCAGCUGGGGAGAGGCCAGGGAGCCCAGCAGAGAGCCACAAGGAAGGCUAUGAGCUGACAAGUCUGGGGAAGCCCCCCAGUCCACAGUGGGGCCCCCCAGAGGCUGGGCUGGAAAGCCAGAUUGCUGGGGAAGACUCUUUCCUAGGUCACCACCACUGGCUAUUGAUGAAACUUGCCCUAAAAACAGGAAAUGUGUCUAAGAUCAACGCAGCCUUUGGAGACAACUAUCCUGGAUGUUUUUGUCCCCCUGCAUGGCAGUUGAGCCAACACUACCAGCAGCAGAAGCCCCCGUUUUCCCAGCAAGAGCUCCCAUCAUUGCCCCAUGACCUCCUGACCUCAGAGAAAGGCUCUGAGUUUCAAGGCAUCCCAAAAGCAGCCUCUGACCUGUUGGAAACCUCAACCUAUGUCUCUUUUGCCAGUGAUAACCAUGAUGAUGCUCCCGCCCAGAAGCUGUCAGCUACACCACAGGAGGGCAGCCCCAAGGAAGGAGCCGGGGCUGGUUCUGGGACAUGGGGCAGGGGUGCGAGUGGGCAGCCGAGAGGAGGGGAAGGACAGGAGAGCUCCACGCUGUACUUCAGUGCCACCACUGAAGGGGUCACGUGCUCAAACCCAGAAGGUGGGCAGGCAACUCCAAAGACACUCCAUUCUGGGAGGAGGUUGGGAAAGGGCAGCCCUGCCCAGCUUGCCUCCCCUCGGCCGGCCACUCAGCCCUUUCCCAUCACCAUGGCCAACAUCAGCCCAAUCCUUGGCAUGGGCCCAGGUAGAAGCUUCCGCCCCAGUGCAGGCUUCCCUGGCAGAGCCCCAGGUGGCUCAGAGCGUGAAGAGCAGCAGGAGCCCACGAGGAACCUGAACCCUUCUUGUACCACCGGCACACAGAUGUCACUGCCAAAGGUGAGCCUGAGGCCCGCAGACGAGCCCUGCCUCACGUCCACCCCCAAGUCUGAGUCCACCCAGAGGGACUGCAGCGGCAGGGGGAGGCUGAAGACCGAGACAAGUUUCUUCAUCUGACCUCAGGUAUGGUGGGAUAACACAGCAGGCUGGCAAGCCAAGCUGGCCAUCGGGUGUCGAGAUCGGAGGAACCCCACUGCUGACACCUACACCCUCGCGUCCAUCACGUGCCCCUCUCGACCUCUGCACAGCUGAAAACUGAGAGAACCAGAUUAGGUUAUUUCUAAGAUCCCCUGUGAACACCACAUACCACAUGUAUGCACGGAAGACGUUCUUUGACGCAGUGUGGGAGGAGGAAAGGCUUCCAGUCAAAAUUGCCUGCUUCCUUUCUCAAACUAUAUCAUCCCUAUUUUUCUUUUCUUUUCUUUUUUUUUUUUUCUUUUGCUCUGGCUUCUAGGAAACUCAAAGGUAAAACCCACUGUCCCAUUUUAUUCUGGGUUCUUAUUGCAACUAGCUUCUCCAGACACUAGGUGGUUAUUAAUCUCUCUUUUUGUUUUUUAAUGUAUUCUAGCUACAUUAUUUUAUGAAAUCUUGUGCUAAGAUAACACAAGCCCUUUCUAGAAGUUGAUGUGAAAUGUAUGUUUACAAUCACCAACCUAAGUUGGAAUCUAAGCAGAUUCCAUUCUGAGAUUCCUCUAUCUCUUUGGCAGAGCCUAAAUGACAUUUUUCUGUUAAACACACCGUUCUCCUCCUCACCAGGCAGCCAGAAGUUCUGUGUCAGUUCUCUCUUCUCUGCUACUGACUUUACACUCCAUUUCCUUUAUCUCCAAACUCUGCUCCCUCCUCCAUUCAGAGUGAGAUACUCUCUGUGAUUUAAGUUCAUCCAAUGAGAGGGGAAUUAAUGUCUCAUUCCCCUCGUGCUCUCUCUUUCUAACUUUUCCCCUUAAAUGCAUUCUUUGUGGAUCAAUAUUUGCAUCAUUUCUGUAAACUUUCCUUCAUAGCUCGUUAAGGAAGUCCAAUCAUAAACCAUUGAAGUGGAAGGCAGUCCACAUUUGGAGGGCUGGGUGCUAUGUGGUUGUGGCCUAUUUUACCUUUUCUACACACUUGAUCUUAGCCAAAAGGCCGAGAAGUGAUUUUUUUUUUUACCUUUUCCAAACACCUCUUGGUUCAGGGACAAUAUUCGAGCCCUAAAGAGGCUCUACUCCCUGUAGAGUAAGCUAGCUCAACUCGCACAUGCCAAGAGCAUGUGCCAACAUUUUCUGCAGGAAGCUCUCGGGCCAUCAGCAUCUCCAUUGCCAGCCACAUAAGCCACUAUGAGACAGCAGACAGUGACUGAGCACUUUUGGAGCAACAGGUAAAUACAGAGUAAGGCGAGUUUAUUAACAGAACAGAAAACCAUCCGCGGUUACUCUCCGAUACUGUUGUAGCAUCUUGGUUCCUCCUCCACCCAGUCUCUCACCCAACCAGGAACCUGGGCCUCUUCCUUGACUCCUAGCAGACCCCCACCCCCUGUUCCUCCUCCCAGACAACUCAAGCAUUGCCCUUGGUGAUGACCUUGCCUUCUGCCCCAGGUCCUCAGGGGUUUGCCCUCCGGUGAUCCCUUGCUAAACUUGAAUGAGGUGCUCCUGUGAAGGCUGACGAAGGGUUGCAAAUCCUAGCUUUGAGUUCUGUGGGGCCCAGCACAGGGCCUGGCACGGAGCAGGCACUGGGACACUAUAGGGUGAAUUAAUUUGCGGCUGCUUUAGCCAUGAAUUGUGGCUUUGUGUGUGUCUCAGUGCUCUCAAGCAGCUAUAACAAAAUGCCAUAAGCCAGGGGCUUAAACAACAGCCAUUGAUUUCUCACAGCUCUGGAGGCUGGAAACCCAAGAUCAAGUUGCCAGCAAUCCAGUUCCUGGGGGGACCCCUUUGCAGGUGGGCUCACAAACGCCCACCUUCUCCUGUGUCCUCACACGGUAGAGACAGGAAGCAAGCUCUGGGGUGUCUCUUCUUACUCGGGCACUGAUCCCAUCAUGAGGGCCCCACCCUCAUGACCCAAGCUAAACCUAUCGCCUCCCAAAGGCCCCCCCUCCAAACACCAUGACAUCAGGGGUUAGGGCCUCAAGGGGACACAGUUCAGUCCACAACAGUGCAUAUCCUGUUCGAAGGGCCUUUGUGUCAUGGGGGAAGGUAGAGGUGGCAUGCAGGGAAUUUGCUUAUUCUCUUCAAACUUUCCAGCCCUUGAACAGGUUAGAAAUCCUCUUCACUCAUUUAAGAGAUUGGUAUUGAGUAUACAGCAGGCACUAAGUAGACAGAAACCAAGGUGUUUAUUUGCUGUUAAGGGGCCCGUGGACCAGUGUGGGCCUCUCCAAUGGCCUAUUCAUUUCACACCUCCAGAAAGUGUAUCCCCAGGUGGUGAAAACAAUCAGAAAAUAUACAUAUAUUUGUUAGCGAAGAUUAAUAAAUGGACACUUAAUUCUAAAAAGUGCUUAUUGAGCGUCUACUGAAUGCUAGUCACCAGGAGCACAGCUGCACACGAGGAGCUUCAGCAAACACUCAGCAGGGAAGCGAGUUGGUGAGCUUAUUGUGUCCACUCCGAGACGAGGCUGCGGGAACUGGCAGCAGGCUCACUCGGCAGGAAUGACGCGGUUGCCGUCUUCAGGGACGGGGCAUCCUGUGAAGAGGACUUGGGGUUUUUCCUGCAGGGUGACGCGCACCCUGAGAAGCACAUCAGGGCUCACCAUGGGGUCUUCAAGGCAGAGUUCUCCAGAGGCGGAAAGGCCCUGUCAGUUGUCAAGGGGGUUAUACUUCACGGGAGGUGCUCCAAGAAAGCCUGGACAGUCCCUUCGCCCAGAGGCCAUGGAGGGAAUUCAAGGACUAGAAAAUUCAGCUCAAAAUGAUCUUUUAGAUCCUGACCCCAUGACUCUGUGCAAGAGCAAGUGGGGGCCACAGACACUUCAGUGUCUGUUCUGGGGAGUUUUCCUCCCUCAGGGAGAAGAAAAGAACUAGAGGAUCAAAACCAGCGCCUUGAGGGGGAUCUGAAGACGGCACGUCAGCCUCCCCGCCCUUCCAGACGCCCGCCAGCCAGGUUUCUGAGUCAUCUAGAAUAUCCAGCCCACGGAGAUCCAUGACGUUCCACCCCAGGAGACCUCAGGUCUCAGCCUGAUGGAAGGAGAAUCAGGAAAACCAGAGCUGGAAAGAAGUUAAAACAGUAAAAAAAAUUAUUUUUUUGAGGACUAUUGCAAUAGGGGAAAAGAGACCUUGCUUUGAACUGGGCUCAAUUCCAGAUACCACAUGGACAAGUGGGGUUUAUAGCCAAGGAGCAGGGUGGGCUCAGUGGGUGGAAAAUUACUAAGAGGAAACCUUGGCAGCUUCAGGCUAAAUCAACUUAAUGGGAAUCUUGCUGAAGGCAGGGCCAGGUGGUCAGACAUCAGCUGGGUGUCAUGGGGGAUGAGGAAUUUGACUAGAUAGAGAAGGUGAUCAAAUAUUGGGGGCAGGGGAUUCUGGUUAAAUUCACUUAGCAGGAUUCCUGCUAAAAUGGGACAAUGCAGAGAGGAAUAAGGACGAAGACCUAGUGACAAGUCCAGAGGACCCUGAAUAGUGUUGGGUCAAGGACAGAGUCUUUCUCAGGGGGAUGUGGAGAGCAGCAUUGGUGACCCUGCCCAGGACAGAAGGGCCUUCUCUGAGCCAGGAUGUCUGGCCUUUCCCCUCUACCCCGAAGGCUUGCCACGGACUGAAUGCUCACCGCUACCUGGAGAAAGAUAGUUAUUGGACAGAGCGUUCUGCAUUACUAUAUUGCUUGUCUUAAUCUCUGUGGCCAGAAUUCAUGGAGCACAAUUACGACAUUUGGAGCAUCAGCAGACUUUGGCGGUGCCAAUGCUCUCAAGGCAGGGACCACCAGGAACCAUCUAGCGUUGAGCCAGCUGAGUUUAUGACUCAUGGCAGUGAGGGAGAAUGCACCCAGGGGGUCAUCUCAGGAAGAGGGUGUUAGAAGGACUUAGAGGAUUUGGGCUUUGGUUGGGUGGAUUUGGAGAGGGCCCGAGGAAGUGGGGGAUCCCUCUGGACUGGGUGCAAUUCUACGAUCGUGUAUCACAAUAAACCUCAUCUACAGAGAGGGCAGACUAGAGCAAGAAGGAACCUGUGAUUGGGGAAGAAGCAGCAUCACCCUCUGGACUCAAAGGGUGUGGUGUCUUGCAGGCUGCAUGGUGACCCUACUUUUGUCUCAUCUAUCAGGUCUCCGUGUGGCCUUGUCUGAAGCUGAUAUUCUGUGAGAUCUUUUGUGGCCAACAGAACAUGUGGCCUGAUUGCGGGCAUCAGACGAGCUCCCAGAUGUCAGGGCUGCUCUUUCCUCCCUCAGAAUGUCAGUAGUGGCUUGACCGCUGUUUGUUAGGUCAAGUGGGGUAUGUUUGUUCUAGUGUAUUGACGCUACUGCUUCAGGGAGUGGCUGUCACUCAGAACUCGGAAACGUGCAUUGCUCCCAUGGUAAUGGCUCUAAGAGCAUUUGUCCUAUAUCUGCUGUGGCACCUACUUGUCACAUUUGUUUAAGCCUCUCUCACUUCCCUCUUCUCCCAUGAAGCUACACAGGAAGCAGCAACAGGACUCUGGUCUCCGUAAACACUACAGACUAUACAGAUAUUCCCUUCCUUGUCGUUUCCACCAAAAGCAGGCAACCCUGGCUCUCCAGGACCUGCUGGGAAUCAGGGCUGAUUUAUUUCCCUAAAUCUUUCCGUAACCUUGUACCCUCCUUGCGGCAGGCUCCUUUCUCCAGCCCUUCGCCCUGGGGAGGCCUGGCCUGACGGAUGGCCGUAGCAGGCACUCAGUAAACACCCCAUAAGUAGAGCUGAAUGUCUGGGUUCUUCUGAUUUCUGACUAAGGAUUUUACCUCUCAUAAGCAAAGCUUCUUGACAACCAUUUUGGAAGCGGGUCUUUGCAAACCGACUACCACCCCCUGCCUUUUCAGCGGAGGACGCCGGCAUCUCAGAACGGGACUGCGUCUCUCACGCUCACAUAGGGUAAUUGAAAGUCUAAUAAAGGGACUGUUUGCAACGUCGUGGGGUGGAGUUGCAGAAACCAAGGAGGGGUGGCUGGGCAGCACCCCAGCUUGCUGUCACGCCCUUGGGGGCAGGAGAGGGGGCCACCAUCAGACCCGGGAGGGCACUAGCUGCUGCCCGGUCGCCAAGGGAUCUGCGCUGUGGUCUUGGCAGGGACUGAGGCCAACCCACAGUGACCUGGCAAGAGGAAGUCAAGGAAAUGAAUGCCCUGUCCCCACUCCCUGGCUGGUACUGCCAGGCCAGACAUACCGGGAGCCAAGGACAUGGAGCUCACAGUGCUGUCUCCAAAAUCAGCUCCCCGAGCCAGCGCAUCGUGGAGAGACCAGUCUGGGGGAGCUGGGAACAACCACAGUCACCACACGACGUCCUCAGGACAUCCUUCACCAGCUGUGGGGCACUUGGCCUCUAUACCAAACACCCAAGCUGUGGUCCUUUUAAAUGUGUGCCUGCUUUUUGUCAUUGUCCUCACCCCUCAAACAAGA